AUGGCGACGGAAGCGGAGGCGGCGGCGAGAGGUAAAGUAUUGAUGGAAGGGAACCAGUGCAUUGCUUCUGUGGUUUCAAGUCAUCUAAGCCCCUGGACUAAACCAAUAUCCUUCAGCCCACAUGUGACAGAGUUGCCAAGAAAACAAAGACGGAGUGAUUCAGACCCAUCACAAAAGGAAGAUGGUAAACAGCAAGUAAAAAUGAAGUCCUUUGGAGAAGCUCACAGCCAAACUGAAAAGCGGAGGAGAGAUAAAAUAAACAACCUGAUUGGAAAACUGUCUACGAUGAUCCCUCAGUGCAGUCCUGUGGCCCGGAAACUGGAUAAACUGACAGUUUUAAGAAUGGCUGUUCAACACUUGAGAUCUUUAAAAGGUAUGACAAGUUCUUACGCAGGAAAUAAUGACAGACCUUCAUUCAUUCACGAUAAUGAGCUCAGACACUUAAUUCUUAAGACUGCAGAAGGCUUCCUAUUUGUGGUUGGAUGUGAAAGAGGAAAAAUUCUCUUCGUUUCUAAAUCGGUCUCCAAAAUACUUAAUUAUGAUCAGGCUAGUUUGAUUGGACAAAGCUUAUUUGACUUCUUACAUCCAAAAGAUGUUUCCAAAGUAAAGGAACAACUUUCUUCCUCUGAUAUUUCACCCAGAGAGAAGCUAAUAGACGCCAAAACUGCUUUGCAAGUUCACAGUAAUUUCCGCACAAGUAAGAAUCGUGUGUAUUCUGGCUCAAGACGAUCUUUUUUCUGUCGAAUCAAGAGUUGCAAAAUCUCUGUCAAAGAAGAGCAUGAAUACUUACCCAACUCAAAGAAGAAAGAUCACAGAAAAUUCUGUACUAUCCACUGCACUGGUUACUUGAGAAGCUGGCCUCCAAAUAUUGCUGGAAUGGAAGAAGAAAGGGACAAUAAGAAAGACAGGAGUAAUUUCACCUGCCUUGUUGCUGUUGGAAGACUACGUCCACAUAUUGUCCCACAGAACAGUGGCGAAAUUAAAGUGAAACCAGCUGAGUUUAUUACCCGUUUUGCAGUUAAUGGAAAAUUUGUCUAUGUUGAUCAAAGGGCAACAGCAAUUUUAGGAUAUCUGCCUCAGGAACUCUUGGGAACUUCUUGUUAUGAAUAUUUUCAUCAGGAUGACCAUAGUAAUUUGACUGACAAGCACAAAGCAGUUCUACAGAGUAAAGAGAAAAUAUUUAUAGAUUCGUACAAAUUCAGAGCGAAAGAUGGGUCUUUUGUAACUUUAAAAAGCCAGUGGUUUAGUUUCACAAAUCCUUGGACCAAAGAACUGGAAUAUAUUGUGUCUGUCAACACUUUAGUUUGGGGACAUAAUGAUGCUGGAGAAACAUCAUUGCUUCCUUGCAGCUCUCAGUCAUCAGAAGGAUCCUCUAGACAGUCUUUUAUUAGUGUGCCUGGAACAUCUACAGAAAUAUUAAUUGGUGCUGGUAGUAUUGGAACAGAUGUUGCAAGUGAACUUCUGGACUUCCAAAGGUUACAGUCAUCUUCAUCCCUUGAUUCAAGUCCAAUAGAUUUAUUGAAAGAUACACAUACUCUAAACUGCAGGAAUAUGUCAAAUAAGGAGUUGAUUACCCUAAGUCCAUCUGAAAUAGGGGAACGAGAGGCUACAAAGCAAAACCAAAGUGUUGUUCCUCCCCUCAGUCAUGAACCACUCCUCGGAGAAGGAGUCCAGCUGGACUUUGAAGCCCUCUGUGACAAUGAUGACACAGCCAUGGCUGCCUUCAUGAAUUACUUAGAAGCAGAGGGGGGCCUGGGAGACCCUGGGGACUUCAGUGACAUCCACUGGACACUCUAG